CAUCACCACCACCACCACCACCACCACCCCCCCUCAUCGGAUAUGUCAAAUGAACAUGGACCCAUAUGAAACGUCAGCACAGUGAGUGUAGGAGCAGUUUACGUAUUGAUGUUAGCGAGCUAGCCUAGUAAAAUACAGUCCAGACAUAGAAAUACAUUUGUCGUAAAGCAGUAUAUUUGUAGAGUUAUUACAUUGGGAAACGGUAGAGUUUAUAUUCGUUGCAGAGAAUACGUUUAACGCAAUGGACUUCACUUGGAUUUUUUUACUUUCUCGAAGUUCAUACGAUUGAAAGAGGAAUGACAAUGACAGUUCCCUUGCCUGUGAGAGGAGGCUACACUGGAAUACAGCUGUUCUGUGACCAAAACAAGGGACCUUGAAGGACCACAGCCUGUGUGACAGAGGACUUGCAUUGUGAAGCUUUUGGGGAGAGUAGCAGGCAGUACACUUGUGUAAAGAAACACUAAGGCAAGGUGGAGAUGUUUGCCAAACUGAAAAAGAAGAUUGCUGAGGAGGCAGCCACAGCCCCCCGGACCGGAGUCCGCAUGCCUCGGUCCUAUAGCAAAGAGUCCAUUACGUCAGUGGGGGCAGACUCGGGGGAUGAUUUUGCCUCUGAUGGCAGUAGCUCCAGGGACGACCUCUCCUCCCAGAUCCUCAGAAGGAAUGAUCAGAUUCGCAAGCUGGAGGCCAAACUAUCAGACUACGCUGAGCAGCUCCGACUUAUGCAGAAGACCAAGGACAAGCUUGAAAUUGCAUUAGAAAAACAUCAGGAUUCCUCCAUGAGGAAACUGCAGGACCAGAAUGAGACUCACCAGGCCAAUAGAGCCAAAAUGGCCGAAGGCAUGGCUUUGGCACUGGACAAGAAGGAUCAGGAAUGGAUGGAAAGGAUAUCUACCCUGGAGCAGGAGAAAGCGUCUCUGUCUGUGAGGCUAGAUGAGAUGAUGGAGCAGAGCCUUACUCUGUUCCAGAAGAGGGAUGACCUGGACGAGCUGGAGGGCUUCCAGCAGCAGGAGCUCGCCAAAGUCAAACACAUGUUACUGAGUAAGGAGGAGCAGCUGGUCCAGCAGGAGCGAGUGCUCCAGCAGAAGGGUGCCGAGCUGCAGAUGGCCAAGAAGGGUCUGGCCGAAGCCCAGGAGCAGCUGCGGGUUCUGGGAGAGGAGCAUCAGGAAAGUUGCAGGCUCAACACGGAGCAGGAGAUGGAGAGAGAGGAGCUGCUGGAGGUCAGGGAGCAGGCUGAGAAGAAGAUUACUGAGCUGGAGGGCAGAGGCCAGAACCUGCAGAAGGUCAUCCAACAGGUAUCUGAAGACUUCCAGAAGUCGCGGAGCGCGGCAGCAGCUGUAGAGAAGUCUCUCCGUACGUUACAAAUGGAGAACAAUGCCCUGAAGCUGCAACAACACAAAGCUGCAGUGACUGAUGAGGACAAGGAGCGUGUGCUGCUGGACCUGCAGGAGAAGAUCUCCUCUCUGGAGAGACGUCUGCAUGGUAACCUGAGUGAAGACGAGCUCCUCCAGGAGCUUCUCAAAGAGAAGUCCACUCUGGAGCAGAGGCUGGAGGACACGAGAGUUGAGCUGCUGGAGGCACGCACCAACCAUGCAGACACGGUUAGCUCUUUGGAGACUCAGAUAUCCAGACUCAACAACAAUGUGACUGAACUACAGACCCUGCUACGACACAAGGACGACUCUUCCAAGAACUACAGAGAGAGAACGGACGCACAGAUAGCAGGUCUGGAACAGCAGGUGCAGGAGAGCAAUGAGAGGCUCAAGAACACUGAGCAGCAGAUCUCUGACAAACAAGCACAUCUAGACAAACUGCAGGCAGAGUGGAGUGUGGAGAGGGACAGUCUGCAGCAGCAGGUGUCUGCAGAGCGGCAACAGGGCCAGGAGAGGGCAGGUCGGCUGGAGGAGCAGCUCACUGCACUGCAGACAGAGAGAGACACCGAACACACCUCUGCCCAAGCCAGGAUUAGUGAGUUGGAGCAAGACAGAACGUCUCUGCUGAGGGGGAGGGAUAAAGCUGACGUUGCUCUGAGGAGGCAGGCAGAGGGGCUGGAGCAGGCCAGGUCAGAGCUGAGCAGCAGGCAGACUGUGAGUGUGGAGAUAGCCAUGGCUCUGGAGGACACCAGGAGACAGAAGGAGGUGCUCCAACUACAGGUAGGAGAGAUGAUGGCGUCACUUCAAACAACAUCGCAGGAACUGGCCCACGUCACUGAGCAGCUGAAGCGGAAAGAAGAGGAACUCCAAACACUUCGCAAUGAGCUGCAGAGUGCCCAGAGCUCCCUGUCCCAGCUGCAAGAGGAGACAGAGGGGCUGCAGGCAGCAGCCCAGGAGAGGCAGGAGGAGAAGGACAGCCAGCUGGUCAGCUUGAGGCAGGAGCUCCUAACCCAGAAUGAGCAGUUGGACUCCUGCCAGUUACGGGUAUCGGAGCUAGAGGUAGAGACUCUGACGUUGCAGCAGACUCCAGAGCUGUGUGAACUGGACCAGAAUGGGACUGUGACGGUGGAUGACCUGGACCACAUGCAGAAGGCCAACCGAGACCUGGAGCAGCAGCUCAGUGACAAGAACAAAACCAUUAAGCAGCUGCAGCAGAGACUAGCAGAGCUAAAGAGGACCUUGCAGAAGGAGCUGAAGCUGAAACCUGAAACAGAGUCCGAUGGGAAAGAGAGGGCCCAAGAAGGGAGAGGAGAGAGGCAAGAGAGGCCAGACAGAAUCUUUACAGAGCUCACUCUAGGCCCGACCCCGGGCCCAAACACCACUGUCACCAACACAUCUGAUCUCAAUGACUCACGAGAGAUCAACUUUGAGUACCUCAAACACGUGGUGCUAAAAUUCAUGUCAUCCAGAGAGGCUGAGGCCUAUCAGCUGAUCAGAGCAGUGUCUGUGUUGCUGAACUUCACUGGUGAGGAAGAAGACAUGUUGAAGCAGACUCUGGAGUACAAGAUGUCCUGGUUUGGAUCCAAGCCUUCUCUGAAAGGUAUUGUCCGGCCAUCAGUUUCAGGGGCACCUGCUCACUGGAGCUGAGGAGACCGAGAGAGGAAGAGGGGACAGGCGCACACAUUACUUUUAUCAUGCGUUUGCAUGACUUCUCCCACCACUGUGGCAACCAAAUGAACACUGUAAAGAGAACACAACCCAAGCUUUAAAAUGGUUUCUGACAUGACACAGAUUCCUAUGUACUGUAGCUCCUCAAUCUCUCCUGCAAUUUUUUUUCUUCUUCAUCUUCAAGAGAAAAGAGUGGCUCUACAAUGACUUAGAAGGGCAAAGUCUUGUUAAUGUGGUCUGUUUUUUUUUUUUUGGGGGGGGGGGGGGGGGGUGAUUUUUAUUUAGAAGUAAAAUGGUUAAAGCAGACAUGGUGUUGACCCAUUUGAUAAAUGUUAACCUUAAGAGAAACCCUCCUCCCUCCCCUUGGAAUGAGGUUAACAUUAGAUCUAGCUCUGUCAUGGACACAGUACAAGUACACUACAUUACCAAAAGUAUGUGGACAUCUGCUUGUCUAACAUCUCAUUCCAAAUUCAUGGGCAUUAAUAUGGAGUUGGUCCCCCCUUUGCUGCUAUAACAGCCUCUACUCUUCUGGGAAGGCUUUCCACUAGACGUUGGAACAUUGACACCGGGGACUUGCUUACAUUCAGCUGAAAUAGCAUUAGUGAAGUCAGGCACUGAUGUUGGGGGAUUAGGCCUGGCUCGCAGUCAGCGUUCCAAUUCAUACAAAAGGUGUUCGAUGGGGUUGAGAUCAGGGCUCUGUGCAGGCCAGUCAAGUUCUUCCACACCGAUCUCAACAAAAAAUGUCUGUAUAGACCUCAUCUUGGGCAUGUGGCCAUUGUCAUGCUGGAACAGGAAAGGGCCUUUUCCAAAUUGUUGCCACAAAGUUGAAAGCACAGAAUCGUCUAGAAUGUAAUUGUAUGCUGUAGCAUUAAGAUAUCCCUUCACUGGAACUAAGGGGCUUAGCCCGAACCAUGAAAAACAGCCCCAGACCAUUAUUCCUCCUUCACCAAACUUACAGUUGGCACUAUGCAUCAAGGCAGGUAGUGUUCUCCUGGCAUCUGCCAAACCCAGAUUGGUCCGUCGGACUGCCAGGUGGUGAAGCGUAAUUCACUAUAGCAUUUCUACUAGUCCAGAGUCCAAUGGCGGCAAGCUUUACACCACUCCAACCAAAGCUUGGCAUUGCGCAUAGUGAUCUUAGGCUUGAGCGUGUGGCUGCUCGGUCGUGGGAACUCAUUUCAUGAAGCUUCCAACGAACAGUUUAUUGUGCUGACGUUGAUUCCAGAAGCAGUUUGGAACUUGGUAGUGAGUGAUGCAACCCGAGGACAAACGAGUGCUGACGUUGAUUCCAGAAGCAGUUUGGAACUUGGUAGUGAGUGAUGCAACCUGAGGACAAACGAGUUUACACGCCAUGCGCUUCAGCACUCGGUGGUCCUCUUCUGUGAGUUUGUGUGGCUCAAUGUACUCAAUUUGAUACACAUGUCAGCAACGGGUGUGGCUGAAAUAGCCGAAUCCACUCAUUUGUAGGGGUGUCCUCAUACUUUUGUGUAUAUAUGGUGUAUGUCUUAUUCUCCAGGUGUUAAGAGUGGGAUGGGUCAGGCCUACCAGACUGUCACAACUCUUUUUGACAGAGAAGAUUAUGUCUCUGUGCUCCAAUGUUUUUUCUUUAAUUUAGACAUAGAAAACGGUAUUUACUGCCGAUGACUACCUAUGGCAGGGUUCCCCAAAUAGGGGUCCAAGGGCCGAAUUUGGCCUGCGUGUGGUUUUAUUUGGCCCCAAAUGUUUUCUGAGCAAAAAUGCUAUUUUUUAUAUAUUUUUUUGUAUUGUUGGACAUAAGGCUGUAAAAACGUCAGGAAAUCAGUUCCAAGCUAUUUUAAUUUUGGACAUCUGUUCCCAAAUAUCUUCCUGAAAUGAUUGUUUUAAUCUAAAAUUCUUUCUGUUUGGGAUUCUUGGGGUCAAUUUGAAGUCUACAAAUAUUUGUAAUUAUGUUCCAGCCAUCCAAAAAAAUGAGCCUGCAGCUAGAUCCAGUUGAUGAUCCCUUCUCUAUGGUUGGGAAAGAGAUAUUGUGGAAUUGUGAGUGCAUGAUAACAAGAACCUUGAAAAUUCUACCAUCCCAAUCAACCCCUCUUCAGUUGAAUGGAACGCCCAAAGAUUUCUGAUGGACCCUUCACAACAGCCUUUAAUUUGGUUCUUUCCAUUAAAAAUAUAACUUCAGAUGGCUUAUGAAGGAAUAAUCCAUGUUAAAAUCAGAACUUGUGAUGUCUCUGAAGGGGAGGUGAGAGUCAUACAUCAAUGUCUUUGAUAUCAAUGGAGAAAAUCUACGUCAUGUAGACAGGAGAGGAGUACUUUUUAAAUAUGUUAAAUAAUUAUUGAAAGCUAUCUAAAUCAGAAUUAUCGACGGAUGUGCUCUACCUUUACCUGCCUUGUGUUUGUGUAAAUGACAGUACAUUCCAUGUCUAUUUAUAUAUGAUAACUGUACAUAUGCAUUGAGAACUUUAUAAAUCACUGGGUGUAAAAUAAUUUUGUUUAACCUCUUGCAGUAUUUUACACCAUGUUUUACCUGUCUGUCCAUGUAGCCAGUCUUGGCUUGAUGUUCUGUCUCACUGUUCAUUGACAUCCUGUCAGAACUAAGUGACCAUUUGUGUGAGCUUACAAUGUGAGGGCAUUAACAAUGUACUGGAGGAAAGACCCUUUAAUACAGUAUGCAUGCCUUAUAGCAAAAUGCAUUGGUUUUCUGCAGAGGGAAAACCUGUCUCCUUACAUUCUGAAUAGAAUGUGAACCAUAUUAAUGGCUAAGAUGUGAGGCAGCAACACAGCAGUCUGCACUCUGAAUUCUACUCCCAUAUCAUGUGAGGAAUAUCCAUCUGUCUGGUUACAUUACAGUACUGUAGCAUUUGAUGUCACAUUCAUUGGGUUUGUGCGGUCAGUCAACUGUGGGGCUGGGAGGUCGAAGAGGAAGGUGACAAUGAUGCAUUGUGUGAACAAGGUCCUCCCCGUCUUUAAACUUCUGUCAAAAUGGACACGGUCUACAUUCAAUGUCAAAACACCACACUGUGUUAAGUGACCUGCUAUUGAAUAGUAUCUGGUACCACAAAUUUAGUAUAAUUCCAUAGAACUACAAUAAUAUCACAUCACAGGUGGCUAUGACUCUACUGCAAGGUCACCAUUUUUUCACUUCUGUUUGAUUCCGCUAUGUGUGGCUAACUGUGGUUUUUAACAAACAAUCUAAUAAAUCACAACAGAUUCUAUUAAUUCUCAUUUUAACAAGUGCUACCACUACAAAUUAUUUUAUUUUGUUUUGUCUUCAUUUCUUGUUAAUAAAUAAAUGUUAAAAAGCAUAAA